CUUGUACAUGAAUCCUAAAGCAAUAAUACGGCUUUUGAUGAGGAACUUAUAACCAUUCGUAUUGAUGCAUCUUCUCAUGCCUGGAUAAUAAUAAAACCGUUGUUGAGCGAAUGAUUUCUAUAAAUAUUGCUUACAAGUUAGGUAAAUUCUACGUCAGUUGUCAUUAUCAGUGUUAUAUGCCAAAUAUGUAUCCAUGAUGUAUCAAAACAAUGUAUUUGUUUCAAAUCUAAUAAAUUUUAUAUUUUUGAAAAAGUUGUGAAUAAAUGAAAAAAUGGGUAUUAUAUUUGGAAAGAAAAAACCUCCAAGUAGGGUUACAUCUCAUGAUAAAGCUGUGUUGCAAUUGAAACAACAAAGAGAUAAACUUAAACAAUAUCAGCGACGGAUAGAACUUACAUUAGCAUCGGAUAGGGAAUUAGCGAGAAAGUUAUUAGCAAAAGGACAAAGAGAUCGAGCAAAGUUGUUGUUAAGAAAAAAACGUUACCAAGAACAGUUAUUGGUAAAAACCGAUGGUCAAUUAGAAAAUGUUGAGAAAUUAACACAUGAUAUUGAGUUUGCACAAGUUGAAUUGCAAGUAGUUGAAGGCUUAAAACAAGGAAACGAAGCCUUGAAAAAAGUUAAUGAAGCUCUUAAUAUUGCUGAUAUAGAAGCAAUUUUGGAAGAAACCAAGGAAGCUAAAGAUAAACAAGACGAAAUAUCAAGCUUAUUAAGUGGUGUGUUAACACAAGAAGAUGAAGAGGCAGUUGAAGAUGAACUGGCACAAAUUCUAAAAGAAGAAAUGCCAGAUGUUCCUUCAGAAGAACCAAUUGAUGCUGAAGAUGACGGAUGGGUGAUUAAGGAUCAAUUAAUCAGUAAAGAAAAAAACACAGAGAAGCCCAAACAAAAGGAGGCAGUUGCUAUGGAAGCUUAAACCAUAAAAAUAUUGUGUUUUAAUAUACCAAAUUUGUUUAAAAAUAAUUUAAUACUUAAAUUUUGUAUAUUAGUAAAUCAAAGCAA